AUGGUUGGGGUUCGGUUGGGGCCCGGUUCGGUCGGGGGACGGUUGGGAGACGGUUGGGGCCCGGUUCGGUCGGGGGACGAUUGGGAGACGGUCGGGGCCCGGUUCGGUUGGGGGCCCGGUUCGGUUGGGGCCCGGUUGGGAGACGGUUGGGGCCCGGUUCGGUCGGGGCCCGGUUGGGAGACAUUUGGGGGCCCGGUUCGGUUGGGGGCCCGGUUCGGCUGCGGGACCAUUGGGGGACGGUUGGGGCCCCGGUUCGGUUGGGGCCCCGGUUCGGUUGGGGCCCCGGUUCGGUUGGGGGACGGUUGGGGCCCCGGGCGGAGCGCUGACGGCUGUGUCUCACCCACAGCAAAGGAGAAGGAGCCGCUGGAGCAGCUGUACGAGGUGGGCCCGCUGCUGGGGAGCGGUGGCUUCGGCUCGGUUUAUUCCGGUAUCCGCCUCUCCGACAGCACACCGGUGGCCAUCAAGCACGUGGCACGGGAGCACAUCUCCGAGUGGGGCGAGCUGCCCUGCGGCACCCGUGUGCCGAUGGAGAUCAUGCUGAUGGCCACGGUGGGCUCCGGCUGCAGCAACAUCAUCCAGCUGCUGGACUGGUUUGAGCUGCCAGACAGCUUCGUGCUGGUGCUGGAGCGUCCGGAGCUGUCGCAGGACCUCUUCGAUUUCAUCUCGGAGAGGGGGUCCUUGUCGGAGGAGCUGGCGCGAGGCCUUUUCCGGCAGGUGCUGGAGGCUGUGCGGCACUGCCACAGCUGCGGGGUCCUGCACCGUGACAUCAAGGCUGAGAACAUCAUCCUUGACCUCGCCACCGGUGAGCUCAAGCUCAUCGACUUCGGCUGCGGCACCUUCCUCAAGGACACGGUGUACACCCAGUUUAAAGGAACGCGGGUGUACAGUCCGCCGGAGUGGGUCCGCUACCGCCGCUACCACGGCCGUUCGGCGACGAUCUGGUCCCUGGGCGUCCUGCUCUAUGACAUGGUCUGCGGGGACAUCCCCUUCAAGCAGGACGAGGACAUCAUCCGGGGCCAGCUCUUCUUCCGGCGGCGGGUCUCUCUGGAGUGCCAGCACCUCAUCAGGUGGUGCCUGACCAUGCGCCCUGCAGACAGGCCUUCGCUGGAAGACCUUUUCAACCACCCGUGGCUGCAGGGCAUCCACCUGCCCUAGGAGAGUGCAGAGAUCCAGCUGCCCAGAUGGAUCCAGGAGCCUGGCAAAUAAAAGCUCCAUGCGUCUCCUGGCUGUAAGAAGCAAAGACCACCAGGCUUCUUCCUCGUGACCGGAGCGCUGAGCGGGGAUCAUCAGAUGGGAACACCUUCAUCUUCUCCUGGAGCUGGCCUGGAGCCCCCAUCUUCCAGGCGCUGGUGGCCACCACCUAACCCGCCUGUCCUGGACUCCCAUCUGAACGACCCUGUCUCAUCUGCUGCUUUGCCAGUAGACUUUUUUGGUUGGUUCUGUUUUGGGGGCUCCCAACCAUCUUCCUGACCUGCUGAUUUCGGGACCACGAAAAUUAACUCGCUGGCCCAUCUACGUUCUGGGAC